AUGGAGCUCCACCUAUUCGUCAUCGUCAUCCUCGUCCUCCUCCCCGCCCUGCUCUUGCUCUAUCUCUCGAACCGUAAAUCAGAGGGCCCCAUCAAAGCCUACCCCUUAAUAGGCAACCUGCCGCAGUUCGUCAGGCACCGCCAUCGCCUCCUGGAAUGGCACACUGAGCUCCUCGCCGCCGCCGCCUCCACCAACACCGUCCACUUCCACUUCUUCGGCGAGCACCAGUGUAUCAUCACCGCCAACCCGGCCAACCUCGAGCAUCUCCUCAAGUCCAACUUCGAGAACUACCCCAAGGGGCCCUUUGUCAUCUCCCUGAUGGAGGACUUCCUCGGCCGGGGAAUCUUCAACUCCGACGGCGAGCUCUGGAAGCACCAGCGGAAGACAGCGAGCUUCGAGUUCAACACCAGGUCCCUCCGGAUGUUUGUCGUGGAGAACGUCCAGCAGGAGAUUACCAAGCGGCUGUUGCCCCGGCUGCGCAGAGCCACGGGGGCCGCCGUCGACCUCCAGGACGUGCUGGAGCGGUUCGCGUUCGAUAACGUGUGCCAGGUCGCCUUCAACGAGGACCCCGCUUGCCUCGCUGCCGAUGGGGAGGAUCCCACCGACGGGGACGGGCUGCUCCGGCGGUAGUUCGCCGCCGCCUUCCGAGACGCCACGGCCAUCAGCGCCGCCAGCUUCCGGUACGCCAUCCCCGGAAUGUGGAAGGUCAAGAAACUAGUCAACGUCGGGUCGGAGAGGCGUCUGAAGGAGUCGAUAUCCACCGUAGACGACUUCGCUCGGAGGAUAAUCCGUUCGAGGAAGGAGGAGCUGAGCUCGCCGGCGGCCGCGGAGGAUCUCCGUCACAAGGACCUCCUAUCGCGGUUCAUCGCCGGCGGGGACGACUCCGACGAGUUCCUCCGGGACAUCGUCGUGAGAUGACGUAAUCUACCCGAUACUGGCGGGGCGGGUGAUGACCUCCUCGGCGUUGACGUGGUUCUUCUGGCUCCUGUCAGAGAGGCCGGACGUGGAGAGGAAGAUCCUCGAUGAGAUCCGCUCGGUGCGGGCCAGAAGCAAGGAGGGAGAAGAAGAAGAGAAGGAGAGCUUCGGCUUCGAGGAGCUGAGGGAGAUGAACUACCUCUAUGCCGCCAUUACAGAGGCCAUGAGGCUCUACCCGCCGGUGCCCGCCAACACCAGCCACUGCCUCGCCGACGACGUCCUGCCGGACGGGACGAAGGUGGGCAAGGGCUGGUUCGUGUCGUACAACGCCUACGCCGUAGGGAGGAUGACGGCGGUGUGGGGAGAGGACUACGGCAAGUUUCGGCCAGAGCGGUGGCUGGGGACAGGCGGUGAAUUCCGGCCGGAGAGUCCCUUUCGGUUCCCGGCCUCCCACGGCGGGGCCAGGACCUGCCCGGGGAAGGAGAUGGCUUACGUUCAGAUGAAGUCCAUCGCCGCGUGCCUGAUCGAGAAGUUCACGCUGGAGGUCGCCGGUGGUCGGCCAGAGAUGCUGCUGUGUCUCACCCUGCAUAUGAAAGAUGGCCUGCCGGUGCGCGUCAGGGAGAGGACCCCCCUCGCAGAUUUUCCCCCCCUCCUGAGAACCCUAACUUAUUCCCGCUACCUCCCCCCCAAGCUCUGGUCGGCUCGUUGA